AUGAACAAGGAACCGACAGCCAUCGUACAAAAUAUGGAACAACGACGUAAGCAUGCAUCGCAAAUGGCAGCGAAAUAUAAGGAAAAAGCCAAAGCAUCUCGAUACGAAAAGCAAUCGUGCGACAAAAAUUACGGCCCCACGGCAGAAAAACCAGAUAUGGAAGAAGCAGUAUUCUCUUCUGAGUGUGAGAGGCACAUGUUUACAUUCCUUCAGUGGCAAACGAUGCGACAUAACAUUGAAGCAGAAACUUGCGAUCAGGCCAAGAGCGAAAAAUGGAUAGCCUACUGUAAAAAAUUAUUAACUGCAUCACAUUUCGGCAAGGUAUGCCAAUUGAGAAAGAAUACACUAAGAGGAAAUACGAUAAAGAGUAUAAUGUAUCCGCAAAUUCAAUAUUUGCGUUCCCUUGAAUACGGAAGAGAGAACGAGGCAAAUGCCUUGGGACAAUUGGAAACGGAACUGGGAAUCCAAAUCCUACCGUGUGGUUUAUUCAUCGAUGCCGUUGUGCCUUAUUUAGGUGCAACUCCUGACGGCCUCGUGGACGAUGAUACUAUCGUCGAAGUGAAAUGCCCUAAAUCGGCGAAGGAUUUAUCGCCUGCUGAAGCAAUAGAGCAACUUCCUGUAAUGCGGCGUAUUUUCCGGGAUGCUGAAAUGAAUAAAAUUCAUCACUACUAUUAUCAAGUGCAAGGACAGUUGCACAUAACAAAUAAACAAUGUGCUCUAUUCUGUUUAUGGACAAAGAAAGGAAUAAAAAUUACAAAAGUACAAAGAGACGACAGAUUCUGGGCAACAGAAAUGGAGCAAAAACUGAAAAGGUUUUAUGAAGACUCUAUGUUGCCAGAAAUUAUAGACAGUAGAUUUAAUCGGCAGCAACCUAUUAGAGAGCCUGCAUACAUAAAAUAGAGCAACAAUACAUGUAGCAGUACACAAGAAAGUACACGUGACGAUGUACAUAAAAAUCAGAAUUGCACCGAGGAGUGCACACAGUUCAUAUGAUGAAGUGUAUAAUAAACGAUUGCUAUCUAAGGUCGCAAUGCACCUGCGGGUGCACACAGCUCAUAUGAUGAGCUGUUCUAUAGUCUAUUACGACUGCACCGUUGAGAACCCACAGCUCAUAUGAUGAGCUGUUCUACAGUUUAUUGAGACUACACUCGGCGGUGUACACACCACACAUGAUGAGCUACUUGUUUAUUUUAUCGGAAGGGAAAACAAUUUAUAAUCUGGGAGGAAACGGGAACACACGUGUAUAAAAAGGUAAGUACAAUGCCUCUAUUUUUAUUACCUGUACGUGAAUUCAUUUAUAAUCAUUAUCAUGUUGUAUUUAUUUAUUUAGGAGGUCCGCUAUAUGUAUUUAUUUAUUUAGCAGUAAAGGAUUACAAUCGAAGAUCGUAAUUGCACCUGCGAGUGCACACAGCGCAUAUGAAGAGCUGUCCAAUAACGUUCAAAGGCAUAAGUAUACAAAUGCACAAAAGUACAAAUGUGGAGAGUGAAGAGGACCGUCUUUGACGGGGGUGGUGGUGGGUCUCUUCACACUCUCCUAUUAAUUUUUACUUUCAGCUACUUUUCCUUACUUUGCAAGGGAAGAGAACAAUUCUUUCAUAUCAAAUGGAAAUGAUAUGUAUGACAGCAUAAGUAUGACACUUAUACUUUUAGGCACAAAAGUACAAAUGUGGAGAGUGAAGAGGACCGUCUUUGAUGGGGGUGGUGGUGGGUCUCUUCACACUCUCCUAUUAAUUUUUACUUUCCUAAUCUCCUAUCAAUUUUUACUUGACUAAUAGUGGAUUCAUCAGGAAGUGUAAGUAACAGUUUUUACAUUCAAAUAGUAUAAAAUCAAAAAGAAAUUGUUAUUAAACUUAUUUAUUUUUACAGAUGAAACCAGGGUGUACAGCAUGAUAGUACAAGCGAUCCGGAAUCGUCUCAACCAAAUUGAAUACAUAAUGUUUGUUCAAUAAUUGCUUUCAAUUAUCUUAUAAGUGUAUAGAGUUCAUGUUCUACUGUAUUAUUUUAUUAAUAAAAAAGGCUUGUACUUU